GGCGCGGGGGGGGUAGCGCGGCGGCAGCGGGGCUCGGGGCGCCGCGUGCGAGCGGAGUUCCCCGGCGGGGCGGGGGCGCGCAGAUGGCGACGCAGGUGGAGGCGCUGCUGCCCGGCGCCCCGCUGCUGCCCGCCGAGGAGCGCGCCCUGGUGCUGAAGCCGCCGCAGGACGGCGGCCGGGAGAAGGGCGAGCCGCCCAUGGGCCCCGACGGCGGUCCCGCGGCGUCGCGGCCGCCCAGCGCCAAGCAGCAGAAGGAGGAGAGCAACAACCAGGAGAAGGAGAGCCUGCUGAGGGCCGGCGGCGAGGCGGAGGACGGCGGCGAGGCGGGUGGCGCGGGGCGCCGGGAGUUCAUCGAGGCCCCGCCGCCCAAGGUGAACCCCUGGACGAAGAACGCCCCCGCCGCCGCGCCGGCGGUCAACGGACAGUCGCCUCCAGAUAUAUUUCCAACGGAUGGCCAGUCUGAACAUACAACUCCUGCGAAAGUGGUGAGGGCUGCCAACCUGAGACAGCGGAAAGGGAGCAAGGUUGGUGACUUCGGUGAUGCCACAAAUUGGCCAACACCUGGAGAAAUAGCCCACAAGAGUAUCCAGCAGCCACACAAAGCACCAUCCCUCCGGAAACUGCCUGUCAAGAAAGACAUGAAAGAGCAGGAGAAAGGGGAUGGGAGCGAUGGCAAAGAGAGCCUGAAAACCAAAUCAGAUGAGUCCGGGGAGGAGAAGAAUGGUGACGAUGACAACCAGAAGUCAGCGCAGAAGAAGAAAGGCAACAAACACAAGUGGGUCCCUUUGCAGAUAGACAUGAAGUCAGAGGUGCCUAGGGACAAAACAGCCUCUCGGAACAACCGUCAAAACGAGCAGCACAGGCACCCCUCCAACAACCGCAGUGAGCUGAAAGGCUGGCACCCAGACAACAAGCAUGAGCGCAGCUGGCAGGACCACGACGAGACCUCCAGCGUGAAGAGCGAGGGAGGAGCUGUGCGAGGCACCUUCCGGGGCCGAGGCCGUGGCCGGGGCAGGGGCCGUGGCCGUGGCAGAGGAGGCCACUUUGACUACCAGUAUGGGUACCGUAAGUUCGAGGGCUCGGAUGGCUCCCGCACCCAGAAGUACGCCAGCAACAUCACUUACUACUUCGACAACAUCAGCAGCGCCGAGCUCUACAGCGUGGACCAGGAGCUGCUCAAGGACUACAUCAAGCGGCAGAUAGAAUAUUACUUCAGUGUGGACAACUUGGAGCGGGAUUUCUUCCUGCGUCGCAAGAUGGACUCAGACGGCUUCCUUCCCAUCACCCUGAUCGCCAGCUUCCACCGAGUGCAGGCACUCACCACCGACAUCAGCCUCAUCAUCAAGGCUCUGAAGGACAGCAAGGUGGUGGAAAUUGUGGAUGAGAAGAUCAGGAGAAAAGAGCAGCCAGAAAAAUGGGCUCUGCCUGGCCCUCCCAUGGCAGACUACACACAGACAGACUUCUCGCAGUUCAUCAACUGCCCCGAGUUUGUGCCGCGGCAGAGCUUCCAGAAGGAGACAGAGUCUGCACCUGGCUCCCCGCGUCCCGCCAGCCCGGUCCCCACCAAAACAGAGGAGGUCAGUAACUUGAAGACAAUGCCCAAGGGCCUGUCUGCAAGUCUGCCAGACCUGGAUUCGGAGACGUGGAUUGAAGUGAAGAAGAGGCCUCGGCCGUCCCCAGCCAGGGCCAAGAAACCAGAGGAGUCAAAGACACCGCAGCAGCAAAAGCAAAAGGACCAAGAUGAACCCGAGGAGCUUGACUUCCUCUUCGACGAGGAGAUGGAGCAGAUGGAUGGCCGCAAGAACACCUUCACCGACUGGUCAGACGAGGAUUCGGACUACGAGAUCGACGACCGGGACGUGAACAAGAUCCUCAUCGUGACACAGACACCUCCCUACCUGCGCCGGCAUCCUGGCGGGGACCGGACGGGCAACCACACGUCCAGGGCUAAGAUGAGCUCAGAACUGGCCAAGGUGAUCAACGAUGGGCUGUACUACUAUGAGCAGGACCUGUGGACAGAGCAGUUUGAGCCGGAGUAUUCGCAGAUCAAGCAAGAGGUGGAGAACUUCAAGAAGGUGAAUAUGAUCAGCAGGGAGCAGUUUGACACCCUGACCCCAGAGCCCCCAGUGGAUCCGAACCAAGAAGUCCCUCCUGGUCCCCCCAGGUUCCAGCAAGUACCUACAGACGCCUUGGCUAACAAGCUGUUUGGAGUCCCCGAGCCUUCCACCAUUGCCCGCUCUUUGCCCACGACUGUGCCGGAGUCGCCCAACUACCGCAACGCCAGGACGCCCCGCACGCCCCGCACGCCUCAGCUGAAGGACCCGACGCAGACGCCCCGCUUCUACCCCGUGGUGAAAGAGGGCAGGACGAUAGACGCCAAGACUCCGCGGAAGAGGAAGACGAGGCACAGCUCGAACCCCCCGAUGGAGUGCCACGUGGGCUGGGUGAUGGACUCUCGGGAGCACAGGCCCCGAACCGCCUCCAUCAGCUCCAGCCCCUCGGAGGGGACCCCGGCCGUGGGAAGCUACGGCUGCACCCCACAGUCCCUGCCCAAGUUCCAGCAUCCUUCGCACGAGCUGCUCAAGGAGAACGGCUUCACGCAACACGUCUACCACAAGUACCGGCGGCGCUGCCUUAACGAGCGGAAGCGGCUGGGCAUUGGGCAGUCUCAGGAGAUGAACACGCUCUUCCGGUUCUGGUCCUUCUUCCUCCGAGAUCACUUCAACAAGAAAAUGUACGAGGAGUUCAAGCAACUGGCUGUGGAGGAUGGGAAGGAGGGAUACAGGUACGGCCUGGAGUGCCUUUUCAGAUACUACAGCUACGGCCUGGAGAAGAAAUUCCGGCCAGACAUAUUUAAGGACUUUCAAGAAGAGACCAUCAAGGAUUACGAAGCUGGACAGCUCUAUGGGCUGGAAAAGUUCUGGGCCUUCUUAAAAUAUUCCAAAGCCAAAAAUCUGGACAUUAACAGCAAACUGCAAGAAUACCUCAGCAAGUUCAAGCGCCUCGAGGACUUCCGAGUGGAUCCACCCAUGGGGGAGGAAGGUGGACACAAGAGAUACCCUACGAUGUCAGGGGGAGACGGCAGGAAGCGCUACCCAUCCCAGUCUUCCAGCAAAACGGUCAGCCAGUGCCCAUCCAGCCAAGCCCACGCCUCACCCUGCCAGCCUGCGCAAGAGGAUGCCAAAAACCUGAGCCAGCAAACCCCGGCCCCAUCGGCUGCAGAGUCGCAGACAGCGGGGAAGUAGAGAGGCUGCAGCAUCUGCUUCCUGCUGGGGACGGGGUGGGUUGGUGGGGGCUGGCUUGGAAGGGGAGACGCCGAGGGGGUGGGACAGGAAGGGAGCUGGAAGGCGGGUGCCCAGGAACAGGCUGCUCGGGAGAAACGUCAACGCACACGAUUUUUUUCUCUUGUGGCUGGAAAGCAAAGACCAUCUGCAUCCAAAACAGCGUUUCGCUAGUAGAACCCUGACCCGAGCCAGACCCGCCCUUUGCUUUCCCUCCCCUCCUGUGCACACACUCGUGUCUUAGCGUCUCUUCGAAACAACAAAAGUAAUCCUGGCUUGGGUUGGAAAGGGGAGAUUUUUUAUUGUUAUAUAUAUAUAUCAAGUUUUAAAUUAUUGCUGGAAGUUGGUCUGGAUUUACCAAAACAAGUCUGCUCUGCGCAGCCCCGGCGCCUCCCUCCCUGCCCCGGCCCGCGGGACCCGCCGGCGCAGAGCAGCAUCUUCUCGGCCCUCCCGCUUCCCUCCUUCCCGGCCUCUUCACCUCCAACCUUCCCCAGGGUCUGGCUCUCCCUCCCUUCCGUCACGGACAGUUUGGCAGUCAACCAAAGGACCUUUGCCAAGGAUGGGCUCGUUGUGACUCCUUCCCGCGAGGCCGGCGGGCGCCUGGACUUGAGCCUGCCUGGACGCUGCAGCCGCUGCCCCACACGCAGAGACGGGACUUUGCAGAAGGAGCUUUUCUCUUCCUUUUCCCUCAAAAGAAACGACAACAGAACCCCCCAGCCCCCUCUAAAAACAACAACAAAGAAACUCUUUUAAAAAGACACAUCUCCCUUUGCUUUCUUCCUUGGAAAUGUUACUGAAGAAAAAAAACCCACAAAACUCACAAAACAAACAAAAAAAAAGGAAAAAACACAGGAAAAAAAAAAGUUGCCUUAUGCUGGAGCUGGAGCUGGAGCUGGAGCCGCCGGGCGUCCUGCAGCAGGGGGCUGCCCGGCCCCUGCCCCGAGACUCCUCACGGCGCCGCUGCAGAGCUGAUCUUCCCACGGCCUUUCCUCCGCGCCUGACCCUGCAGCAGCUCGCUCGGGGGCCUCCCCCAGCGUGGAGACCCUCUGCCAAGGCCGGAUUCUCGCGGGGGGAAGGUGCCGAGGGCGGUCACCACGUCCAAGACUCGUGCUCGCACAGCAGCUGAAGCCGCUCUGUUGUGUAUAUACUGGUGUAGCGUCCUCCCUGCAGCAGCGAGUGUCUGCCCCGCUCCGUUCCUCCAGCGUGGGUGCCAGGCGAGCAGGGAGCUCCCUCAGGGCAGCCCUUGCUGCCAGUGUGUCCCCAGGGCCACUUAAUGGCCUGAGGAGAGAGCGAGGCAGUCCCAGGAGCCUGUGUCUCGCUGCCCUCAGUGGGCUGUGGCUGCUGGGGAGACUGGUGCUGGACCUGCCCGGGGACUGAGGGCUCUCGCCUGGGUUUCCUUGUGCGACGUCUCUGGGUGGGCAGCUGCGUGGGGCCUCUGCUCGGGGCUGUGUCCCCGUGUGUCUCCAAGGGCUGAGGUGACACCGUGCUGCUCCUUGCUCAGCCGAGGCGAUGGCUGCAGAGCUGCUUUGGCAUUUGCUUGGUCGCUGUAGCCAGCAGGGGCUGGGCAGGCAGCCUGUGCCCCAGCCUGUGAGCUGCGCUCCCGCACAGGCAGCCGUGUGUGGGGGAGUGAGGUGUGCUGCUGCGCUGGAGGCAGCGCUGGAGACUCAGUUCCCACUGCAAGCGCAGAAUCUCCUUUUCAGGCAGAGCCGUGUGCCGUGCUGUGCCGCGUUCCCUCCCGCCUCGGGGUACCUGCUGCGCUGCCGCUCAGCUUGUGGCUCUGCUGCACAGCGUCUUUUGUGCGGAGCGGGCACCACAAGCGGCUGCCGAGAGCUGCAGCUGCGCCCAUUGCCUCCUCUGCGGUCACAGCCUGGUACGGGGGCUUUCCCAAAGGAUCUCAUUGAGCCGGAGCCGUGUGUCGCGGCUGGGAGGAGGUGAAGGAGCCACCUCUGCAGGGCUGGGGGAUGAGCGUGGGCCGCUUGUCAGUGGGCCCUGGCCGAGGUGAUCCCCGGCCCCAACUGAUGCUGUGUCCGAGAUGCUGCUGUAAUAGAUGGGGUGGGGGAUGGGGGGCUGGUGCCCGUGGAGCAGCUUCGUGAACAGGGAGGAUGGAAAGCACAGCUGGGUUCGAGGGAGGCUGGGGAGCUGCUACUUUGCCCUUUCCUGGUGGCGUGUGAUCCUGCCUGGUCUGCCCAGCCCCGCAGGGCGCUCACCUCACACCAGCCGCCCGCCUGGCUGCAGCAGGUCAGCCCCAGCCCAGGGCUCGCAGGGCACCGCGGGCAAGUGAUACUCGUACAGCGCUGCGGCCGUGACUGUUAUCUCCAGAGCUCCCCUCUCGUGAGCCCGAGUUUGCCCCUGAUUUGGGAGGGAGGAACCUCGGGGGCUGGGGGUCGGUCAGGGACGCCGGAGUGGCGUUGCUGGUGGAAGCGGGUCUGGACUUGCUGCUGUGUCCCUCUGCUCCCCUCGUCGGUGUGUGUUCUCUUUUCAAGUCAAUUGUCUGCAUUUUAGCAACAAAGGAAGUAGGAAAUGAGGAAUGAGCUCUGCACAGCAGCUCCUGCCGUGGAGGUGGUGUUGGUGGAGCAGGCUGUGGAGUUGCUGGGGUGGUAGGUGAGAGAAACGUCCAAGAGAAUUCCCAAAAUCGGAAUCAGUUACAAGUUACCUUUUGAUUUUUAAGACUGAGACUCUGGUCUUGGCAUAGGAGAGUCUUUGUUCCCCUUCUGCCAAGUCAGUCGUUUGUCACAGUGUGGCCAAGGCCCCAUGUGCCACCCCCCAGUGCCCCAGGGAGAAGGGGGUCAGAAGCAUGAUCCCAGCAGGUGCCCACUGCUGGAUGUGUGACCCUGUGCCUUGCCUGACUGCGGGGCAGCCGUGUGGCUGGAGAGCAAGGGAAAGGCCGAGAGACGGCCCUUGCCCGAGGCAGCUGCUGCUUGCUCAGGUGGGAUGGCUGUGGAGAGGCUUUCCCCAGCCUUGGGCCUGUGGGGGGACAGCUCUGCAGGGACACCAAACAGGGUCGGUGCCACUCUGAGGGAUGGCUGUCCAGGGAGGGGGACUCCUCCUUGGCCUCCUGCUGAGGGUUUGGUUGUGCUUCUUGUUUGGGCGCUUCGUGGUCAGGUGUGUGCUCCCGUGAGUGCUGACCCGGCUGCAGCCCCAGCCCGGCCCCAGGAUGCCCGGGGGCAGCGCCAGGGCAGUGCUCCCACCUCCCCGGCGGGCCCCAGGCCGCCGCAGCCGUGUGCCAGCCUUGUGUGGGGAUGCUGGCGGUUGUAGCAGGCACAGAGCUCUGGCCUGGGGUCAGGAGGUGGAAGGUGUGUUUCGGAGGAGGCUCUGUUGUUUGCCGUGCUCAUUUUGGCAGGGAGGUGGUAAUGGUACUGCUCCAUUGGCCUGCCUGUCCCUCUGCCUGCUCCCCCGCCUGCCCCGCUGGAGCAGCACACUGCCCCGUGGCACACGGCCGUGCUGAGGGGCCCUUCUGGCUGUUAAAACCUUCCCACUUAUGUUGUCAAAAGGAAAAGGAAAGGUAAAAAUAGAGGAAAAAAAAAAGGAAGACUGUAAGUGUAGCAAAGCUGUGUUUGCAACGCCUGCUUUCUCCUGGCUCCUCUGAGGCCGGGCUUGUCACUUGUCACUGUUUGGAAACGCGAGGCUCCUGGCCAGAGGGUUGCUACAGUGGGAAAUGCCUCACUGACUGUGCUUUUCUAAAGCUUCCAAUCCAGGUAAUAGACUAAAGAUCCUUUGGGUUUUCUUUUUUAGAGACUGUUCAUCUCGGUGGUGGGGAGCAGGUGGCUGAGGGCAGCGUUCCAGUGAGUAGUUUACAGUUUCCCUUUCUGCAGACACUUGAACAUAGGACCGAUGUAUCUGUGACAAGCACAUCCCCGCAGGGAGGGGCCGGCGGGGCGGGGGGAGCGGCUGGGAGCGUGCAGCCGCCUCUCCCCUCCUCUCCAGCCUCUCGUGGUCCCGCAGGGGUUGGAAGCCUUUGGCUCCGUGGCUGACCCGCACCCCGCUGAGCUGCGCCCGCCAGGGUGGCCCUCGGCGCGCUCGCCUGGAGCAAAAGGGGUGGUGGUUCGAUGUGCUGGCCCUUCUCAAACCCUCUGUGUCCCAACCUCAGCCUUCUGUUUCCCCAAACUAGAAAGUGUGUGCAACCUUCUUCAGCUGCAUUUAUCGUAGAGACAAACUUAAAAUGACUCAUCACAGGCCAUGUAUCACCUGGGAGGAAAAUCUUGUGAAUACGGCCCCGCUGUACAUGAUCCAUCUCCUGUCGAUAGUACAUAAUCUUUGACCCAUGUGCUAGGAUCAUCGUCACAUAUAAAAGGAAAAGAGAAAAAUGUAAAAUACUUGAAUGAGAGCUUGUAUUAUAACAUUAAUAUUAUUCAGAGUAUCUGCUUUCUAGGCUGAUGUGAUUCAUUAUUCUAGUAAUGCUUUAGUCCUUUGUAAUUUGUGGUAAUUAUGCUUUUUCCUUUUUAAUACAAAAAAAAUGUAUAAAAAUAAAAACCUCAAAAGACAA